AUGACGGCUUUAAAGCGCGCCGUGCUCUCGUGGCUGCGCCUCGCGCCGCCUCCCUAUACUCCUCAUGUGUAUUUAAUAGGCUCGCACCCUCUUAACUACUCCCGGCCGCAUCCGUCUCUGGUUUGGCUGGCCCGGCAAUUCCCAAGGCACGUGCACGCUAUAGGCGGAAAAGGGGACAUGGUGGGAGGGGGAAUGCAGGGAGGAGGCGUGGAUGUGACUUAUGACGGUGUGACUAAAAUGAAUUCGCUGUUUGCUCUGGCGAUGCGGGAGCAGCGGGCGGAUGUAGCAGCGGUGAUAGACCCUGACGUGGUGCUCUUGGGGGACGUGAUGGCGGCUGUAGCGCGGCUGACGUGGCAGGAGGAGCAGGAGCGACGGGAGAUGAGGAAGUGGGAGAGAGGGUGGUGGAGGGGAGUGGGGGGGAGGGAGGGGGAGGCGGAGAGAGAGGAGGAGGACGUGAGAGGAGAGAGGAGGCACAGAGGCAGGCUGCUGAGACGAAAAGACUCCUUCACUCCCUCAACAUCCUCCUCUUCCUCCUCGUCCUCCUCUUCCUCCUCUUCCUUCUCUUCUCCCUCUCCUCCCCUCUCCCCCCGAUGGAUUCUCACCUCUUCUCUCUGGCGAGUGUCCUGGUUCCCCUUUGUUCUCGACAAUCUUCCACCGGAAAUCCAGCCGGCCAAUCACAAGCCGCCAGCUGGUGUGGACGAGGCGGGAGUAAGGAGGUUUCUGAGGCGGCAUGCUGAGCUGGACAGUGGCGGGCUGAUCGGGUUUGUGAUGUGGAGCCAGAGACAGUUCCGGGAAGCUUCCUCUGCUGCGAGCAUAGCUGCACAACAAACAGCUACAGCAGCAGCAGUGGGAGGAGGAGGAGGAGGAGGAGCAGGAGGGAUAAGGGGAGGAGGAGGAGGGGAAGGAGGGGAAGGAGAAGGUGAAGCAGCAGGCAAUGUAGCAGCGUUCGACCGAAACGGGUUGCGGGUUUCGUUGUUUCCUGAGCCGAUGCCGCCCUUUUUGUACGGGCGGGGCCCUCAGGGGUGGCAGUGGGUGCUUCGGCAGCUGGCUUGGGCAAGCCGAGGGACGGGUAGUGCUAGUGGUAGCAGCACGGGCAGGGAGGGGGCUGACAGAGGGCAAGAACGAGAAAGGAGGAAGAGAGAGGCACUGGUGGGAGGGGGGGGAGUGGAGGGCAGGUGGGGGCACAGACGAGUGUGGUACUGGAUGGGGGGCGUGGACGGGAAAAGUGCUGCAGUGGAUCGGGGGAGGGGGCUUGGGGAUUAUGCAAUGGCCGAGCAUGACUUGGUGCAUGUGGUUGGUCCGUUGGGUAGGGAGGGGAAGGUGGGAGGGGUGAGUAGGGAGGGUGUGGUGCAUGUGGUUGAUGGCACGGGUGCCGUGUCUGCUGUUCGCAUUCACCCUCAGUAUGACUCGGUGAAAGAGGCCGAGCGGGCGAGGGGGGGUGCGGAGCAGGGCAGGAGAAUGGGUGAGGGGGAUGGGGAGAGGGGGAGGAGUGGGAGGUGGGUGGCGCUGCCAGCUGUGCAUAGUGCCACGUGGCAUGGGCAGGUGAAUGAGAUGCUGCUGCGAGGGGGAGUGGGGGACUGGGGGGAAGUACUGGGGGAAGGACGGCGGGAGGGAAGGGGGGAGGGACAGGGGACGGAAGGGGCCGUUGGGGGUAUGAGAGAGGGAGUUGGAGGGGAGGAGGAGGGGGAGGAGGGGGGAGAGAUCGCAUGGGAGUGGAAGAGGUUGGGAGGGGAGCCUACAGUGGCGCAUCUGCGAUGGCAUCUGGCCACGUGCUAUGGGCCCGAAGGUGAACACCCCUGUCUCAUGCGUCGCAUACGCCCUGGCAUCUGCCCCUGUGAACUUGCCCACGCCUCCCGCUGCUCCUCCCUCCCCUCCGCCCCCUUCCGUGCCGGUCCCUACUUCGCCUGCUCCCCUGAACCUCCGCCUCCCCCUCCCCGGCCGGUACUCGCUAUAAGCCUCCCCAAUACCUCGGUUUUGACAUUUGUGAGAACAAAAAGUGCUGUAGCCGGGGAAAAGGGGAUGGAGUCAGUGGGGCGCCUGGAGGGAGGGGGUGAGACCAGACAAGGUGGGGAAGAGGUAGAGGUGGUGCAAGCACGGGGGUUAGAGGAGGUGGUGGGGGAGGUGGCGGAUGGGUACAAGGCGGUGGUGCUUGUGGCGGUCACCUACCACUAUGCCUCCAUGCUUCUCAGCUUCGCUUGCAUGUGGGUGUGUGUUUCUCCUUCCUCCUUUCUCCUCUUGCGCUUUAUGAUGUUUUCCUUCCGGUCUCAUUUUGUCAGGCUCCGCCGUCUCUCAGUGCCCAACCUGCUGGUAGCAGCUCUCGACCCCUCGGCCUACCGCAUCGCUCUCCUGCACGGCCUCCCCGUCUUCUACGACAACACCACUGCAGCACCAGCGUUGCCAAGAGAUGCACAAGGAGCAAACGGAGCACAAGGAGCAAACGGAGCAGAGGGAGCAGAGGGAGCAGAGGGGUUCGGGGCAGGCGGCUGUGCGUUCAACAGCCACUGCUUCCGGCACUACACCAAGCUCAAGAGCCGCGCCGUGCUGCGCGUGCUGCGGCUGGGCUAUGCUGUGCUGUGGAGCGAUGUGGAUGUGGCGUGGUUUGAGAAUGCCAUGCCCAUGCUGUGGCAAUAUGGGGAUGGGGUGCUGGCGAUUCAGAGCAACGAGCCUGACCCCUCGCUCCCACCCAACGCCAUCCGCCGCAUCAACAGUGGAUUUUACCUCGCUCGCCCCGACCCCCUCACCAUCGCUGCUCUCACUGCUGUGGUCAAGCACGCGGCACACUCACGGCUGUCGGAGCAGCCUUCCUUCUAUGAUGUGCUGUGUGGGGAGCACGGGGAAAGGCGGGUGGGCUCUGAUGCGUGCCAGUGGACCAAUGGCCUGCGAGUAGUCUUCCUGCCGCGUCAGCAGUUUCCCAACGGGGCAGUUUACCAGCUGUGGGGGCCCAGGGAAGGAGAUGCUGGCAGUGGGCAAGGGGAGGUGUUAUCUGGUGCUGAUGGUGAGGGGGAGGUGGUAUCUGCUGGGAGUUCAAGUGCGAGGGACGAGUGUGAAAGAAGAGGGUGUGUGAUUCUGCACAAUAACUGGAUCGCAGGUGGGUUGUCCUAG